AUGCAGUGCAGCUGCAGCUCCUCGUCGCCCCACUGGAGUAGAACAGUGCUCUUCCCGGACUGGGCCUACAGACCUUCGUGGUCUCCCGGCUCCCGGCAGGUGCAGCUGUGGCACUUCCUGCUGGAGCUGCUGGGGCGCGGUGAGGGCGGAGCUCUCGGAGAGGGCGGAGCCAUCGGCUGGGGGGGCGAGUGGGGGGAGUUCGUCAUCCGGGACCCUGAGAGGCUGGCGAGGCUCUGGGGCGACAGAAAGGGGAAACCACACAUGAACUAUGACAAGCUGAGCCGGGCGCUGAGAUAUUACUACAACAAACGGAUCCUUCACAAGACCAAAGGGAAGAGAUUCACCUACAAGUUCAACUUCAGCAAAGUGAUUCUGAUCAACUAUGCAGGAUACCCUCCACCUCCUCCUCCUCCUCCUCCACCUCCUCCUCCUCCUCCACCCAUCAGCCAUCAGCUGCUGCAGGGCGGCCUCCUUCCCUUCCCUCUGUGCGGAGGAGCCGGCUUGGGGGUCCACAGAGCGGGGGGGCAUCAGCCCUUCCUGCUCCCAUGCUGCCUCCUGAAGCCGCCACCCCGGCCUCUCCACGGCCGCUCACCGCCACCGCCGCCCGUCCCCCGGGCGCUCGGUGGCGGCGGCUGGCCACAUAAGGGCCCCGCGGCGUGGGGCCUGGACCGCGGCGGUCGACACCUCCCGCUACAUCAGGACCAGCCGCCCGUGUGGUGCCACUCCCACACGGCAGGGGGCGCUAGCAAAUUCUCACAACACCGCUAUUUCCCCGGGAGCGAGUCAGAGCACAGAUGUGUCGCGGAGAGUAAGAUGUCUCACUCUGAAGAUAUUUUCAAAUCGGAAUGCUGGUGA